ACGAUGCCGCCGCCACCGCCGUCGUGACGGCACAGUCCGCAACGAUGCCGCCGCCGCCGCACUCCCACCUCUUCCGGAGCCAAACACUAACCCCUCUCCUCCGCCUCCGCCCCAGCUCCAACUCGUCGCCUCCGCCCCUAUGGCGGCCUAGGCGGCACCUCUCCGCGUGCGCAUCCGCCGCGCGACUCGCCGACCCGCUCGCCGCCGCCGGUUCCGCGACACCACAGCAACCUGUCCUUGGGGUGGAGGAGGCGGUGGUGGGCUUCGUCACCGGCAAGCGGAAGGCCACGGAGGUAGCCCACGCGGUGUGGAGAAGUGUUGUUCAGAAAGGGGAUACGGUGGUUGAUGCCACAUGUGGGAAUGGCAAUGAUACGCUUGCUUUGCUUAAGAUGGUGGCUGAUGAAAGGCGACAAGGGUGUGUUUAUGGUAUGGACAUUCAAGAAUCAGCAAUCGAGAGCACUUCCUCUUUUCUGCAAAUGGCUAUCAAUGAUGGCCAUGAGAGGGAGCUAGUAAAGCUAUUUUCAAUAUGCCAUAGUAGAAUGGAGGAAAUUGUUCCAAAAGAUUCUCCUGUCAGGCUUGUAGCCUUCAACCUGGGCUACCUUCCAGGAGGAGAUAAAACAGUAAUCACAGUACCUAGGACAACCGAGCUUGCAUUGCAAGCUGCCAGCAGAAUUCUCAGUUCUGGAGGACUCAUAAGUGUGCUUGUCUACAUUGGGCAUCCAGGUGGAAGGGAUGAACUUGAUGUUGUUGAAUCAUUUGCAUCAAGCCUUCCUAUUGAUACCUGGGUGAGCUGCAAACUUCAAAUGGUCAAUAGGCCAAUUGCUCCAGUACUCAUUCUCCUGAACAAGAAAUGAAACAGUUUCAAUCAUAGAGCGACACAAUGUUGGGACUUGGGACUUGUGAAUUACCACAGUAAGGAUUCAAGCUUCACCUUGGCAUUUGUUCAAGCUUUGGCUGAGUCUGGUAGCUGGGGACUAUGCUUCAAAUUUGUGCAGUACAUGGAGCGGAAUAUUAGCAAUCUACACAAGCUUUGGGUGAGUCUGACAGCUGUGUUGUAAUUUGUGCAGAAUUUAAAUAUCGCCUCUUAAUAUGUCUUGUACUAUUUCACGACUUGUAUAACUCACAGCAUUGCAAUUUACAACUAGCUGCAAGAGUUAAUGGUA